AUGUCGAUUCCCGGUUUGGGCCACCUUGUGGCGCCACAACCGACGUCCGCGAACCAAACCCGCACGAUCCGCCUCCAGCCCUUCUGGGAGUGGCGAUUCGAGGUCGCCUUCGACACCCACAUUAAGCUGAAGCUCCUCUCGGGCACGGCGGAGAAGGACGGCACCGAGCUCGCCCUGCAGCACGCCUACACCCUGGCCGGCGUCCGGUCCAAGAUCCUCACGCUGCAGGGCUGCGAGCUCGAGGUCGAGGGCGGCCUCGCGGCCGAGUCGGUGGCCGAGUACGCCCGCCCGCAGGACUCGCCCGCCAACUCGGUCCUGAACCUGCACUUCCAGCUCACCGCCAUGCGCCAGCGCGCCGCCGCCGAGCGAAGGGAGGGCCCGCGCGUCGCCGUCUGCGGGCCGCCCGCCUCGGGCAAGACGAGCCUUGCCCGCACCCUGGCGAGCUACGCCGCCCGCGUCGGCGCCCAGCCGCUCGUCGUCAACGCCGACCCCAAGGAGGGCAUGCUGAGCCUGCCCGGCACCCUGACGGCGAGCGUCGUCGCCACCGUGCUCGACGUCGAGGCCGUCGACGGCUGGGGCACCACCCCGACGAGCGGGCCGAGCCACGUGCCCGUCAAACUGCCGCUCGUCUACUACUACGGCCACGCCGCCGCCGACGAGGAUCAGAGGAAGUACCAGGAGCUCGUGAGCAAGAUGGCCGCCGCCGUCACUUCGAGGUUCGGCCACGAACCGGAGAUCAAGAGCUCCGGCAUCAUCAUCGACACUCCGGCCGUGUCGGAGAAGAGCAGCGACGGCGUCGAUAUCCUCGCCCACGUUGUGGACGAGCUGUCAGUCAACAUCAUCAUCGUGCUGGGCUCGUCACAUCUCCACACCGAGCUGACGAAGCGGUUCUCGACACAGCGGACUAGCCUCGGGGAGCAGUACAGUAUCCUCCUCCUGGACAAAUCAGACGGCGUGGCCGAGCGCGACGUGGGCUUCACACAGCAAGCUUGCGAGGCAUCGAUCAAGGAGUACUUCUUCGGUAGUAUCGGCCAGACCCUCAGCCCCGCCACGCAGCAGGUCGAUUUCGACAGCCUGGCGAUAUUCAGAAUAGGCGAUUACUCCAUGUACGGCAACGGCGACGACGGCCUCAUGCGGGUCGACGCGGGCCAGCUCAUGGCGCACUGGACCCUCGCCAUCGUCUACGCGUCGGUUAAGGACCCGCCCGAGACCAUCAGGACGGCCAACGUCAUGGGCUACGUGUACAUCGCCGACGUCGACAAGGAGAAGCGCAAGCUGAGGAUCCUGGCGCCGGUGAGCGGCCGGCUCGGCGACCGGCCGCUGCUGAUGGGCAAGUGGCCGGAGCCUUUCAUCAACCUACUGGGAUAG